AUGUUUCGCUGCACUGGCUAUGGCGAGUGUUCCAUGGUAUUUACGCGGUCUGAGCAUCUGGCCCGACAUGUUAGGUGAGUCUGCAGCCGCACUUGGGCGUUGACUGCACGGGCUAGGCGCGCCCCCACGGCCCUGCGCGGCCUCACGAGUCGGGACCGACCCAGCCACGAUCGAUUCCGAGCACCGGAUGACCGGGGCCUCCGAGUCGGCCGACGCCGCCGGGACCUUGGAGAUCGCGCUGUAGACCGUUCUCAAGCCUGAUCUGGGGCACAAGAACUCUUUUUGGAUGAUGCCCUCGACUAGUGUCAUGCUUGAAGUCUGACGAUGUGAGGCUGAACCGCCGCGCUGCGCUUCGUGCUCCCCGCACAGGAAACAUACGGGUGAACGGCCGUUCAAGUGCCACUGCGGUCGUUUGUUCUCACGCUUGGACAACGUUCGGCAACACGCUACGACAGUGCAUGCAGAUGAUGCCGAGCUCAACACCCAGAUGAUGACGGAGCUCACUGCUCUGCACAACCAACUCUCCGCGUCAACCGCCCAGCGACAAGUGGCCAUGGGCAUGGUCGUCAAAGAAGACUCGGAUGCGCCUCCCCGCAAACCCAAAGCGCCAACAGAUCCCAACAAGCCCAGAGCUGUUCGAAGGGCCAAGGCUAAAGCCAAGAGGGCGAGGGAGGGGGCAGCUUUAGAAUCCGCUGCCACCGAUGCAACCGCCGAGCCGCUUACUGAGUCGCCCCUUGCGGUGACCGCGGGCCUUGGCGGAUCUGAGGGCCAGCACCACGACAGCCCGACGCGUGAUCGGCCCAGUCAGGCUGAUAAUGAACAAGGCGGGAACAGCACCGAGUUUCAUCAUUCCGACAUGGGCCAAACCUCGCCGCCGCCGCCUCCACAGGCUCUAUCCGCCGCUGCUCCCGCAUUGCAACAGCGCUUCAUGUCUGGACCAUAUCCGCCGUCGAGUGGUGGUCACUACCCGCCUGCAGCGUCGUACAACUCGUACGCCUAUGAUCAAGGGCCCGCUUCCUCCUUCGCUGGAUACGGCAAUCCUUCGUCGCCUCAGAACGGUCUUGGCACUCACCUGACUUCGGGCUCUCCUCCGUUACGCCGGCGAAUCGCGCCUCCGCAACCUCCGGUCCCGGCGCCUCCUACGACUGCUACGAGCCGAUUCAACACCUACAAUGCACCAUAUUCAUAUUCCCAUCAACAAAUCGGUCCCAGCACUUCCGCGGCAUCUCAUUCGUCUUCGACCCCACCCUCACCGCCAGGAUCGUUGUCCGGGUCGCGCAGUGGAGUAACUUUGCCCUCGAUAUCCAACUUGUUGCCGUCGCCAUUCGGAUCCACGCGAGACGUUUCCGAGGACGUUCAGCCUCCUGGAUUCAAUGGCUCCGAGGAGAAAACAAAUACAUCGAGUCAGCACGCGGUUGAAGGACCUGGUAACGCACGGACCGGCGCCGCUCACGCCGGCCGAGGUCCUCCCGUCAUGGGCAGCAGCAACUAUUCGUUGUCGGGCGGUGGGAACGGAACCCCCUAUUCUAGCGAUUCGCCGACUUUGCAUAAUCUCGCGGCCGGAAUGACGUCAUCGGCGCAGAACCAGACAAACGCCUACGACUACCCGGAAAGUCAUACCCAUGUCAAUUACGACACCGUGUAAGCCGCCAUUGCUGUGCAUGUGAUGGAAGUGAAUUCUCAGACCGUUUACGCUUAUCUGAGUUCGCUCCCUUUCUUUCUCAAGCCCUUAUCACGAUGGAUCCGAAGCUGGAGUCAUGCAAAGCGCAACCUACGCUUACGGCAACAGCGGGCACGCCACUUUGCCGUCUCAUCAAUACCUCAAGCAUUUGCAAUCCCAGCAGGGCAUCUCUUCCGGCCUCGCACAUCACCAACCCCAGCCUGCGUCAUAUCAUCUUGCACCACCGCCGCACCACGCCUUGACAUCUUACUCGGCCCCCGGAAGUGGCUCCAACUCAUUCCAAGACCACGAAGCCGGCUCGAUGGGCGCUUCUGAUGGCCACUAUUACGGCGCCGGUACUACAAGGCUGUACAGUCCAAAUUCACGCGAGUCGAGCGAGAGGAGCUCGAUCGGAUCCUGGGCUCCGCCGCCACCGUCUGUGCAUCAGAACCAUGGAUACCAAGGGGCGAGUGGUAUGCAAAUGGUCGAUCACCACGCCGAAGGCAUGAACGCGCCGCGCAGAGGCGUUGGCCUCGGCGGACUAGGUGCCCGGCCGGCACUUGAGGACGAUAGGCAGUGGCGACGCGCAAGCGGCCCUCAGGCUCGGUAG